UCAAACGAGUAUGCGAUGGUGUCCAUAAAUUUAUAAAUCGUGAUGUUAUUGAACUGGGAUCGUAUAUAAAGCUCGGAUGUUCCACUAUGCACACAUUUAAUUCCGCACACGAUGAGCUUUACUCGCUAUCUCAUGAUCAUUCUGCUCGUUAUCAUUACGACCGCAAAAAGUGAAUUCAGCAAAGAUGGAGUGGUUCUUGUUGCACCUGUCCUAGCUCCGUUUAGGAAUUCGAGAGCAAAGACAGCGGAAACAGCGAAAGAUUUUCCCUUAUUGAUGCUUUUAGCUGGAGACAAAACUCCUGAAGGUGAUCAAGCUACAAUGAACGAACCUUUGAAUAAUAAGCCGGUAUAUGUACAAAAAUUGCCAGACCAAAAGGAUGUUGUACGCCGCCGCAGAAGGAUAAGCAAGAUCUAUUUCGUCCAAAGAUAUCACUAGAUUUGAAAAUCUACAUCCACAUCUAAGAAAACUGAAUAAAAUGGCCCGAAUAAUUAAAGAUCUAUAGUCAUUGCAAUCUAAGGCAUGUCUGUGUUCUCAAGUAUCUAAAUAAAGAUUUAUAAAUAUUUUUUGUUUUAUUGAAAUAAAUCAUUGCAUAAAUCA